AUGGAUGACUUGUUCUUCAUGUCGCGGAUCAUUACCAGUGACCAAAUGCGGGUGUACAGGUUCACAGCGAAAGAGCUUGUCGUGUCCAGGACCGAAAAAGGCGGGACAGAGCUGAAUCAAUUAGCUCAGGUCCUGUUCCGUCUUAACAGAUAUUCUGGUCUCUGGUUCUUCUCCUUCUUCCUCCUCAGGUCUGAGAUGUGGACGCUUGUGACAGUGUUGAUGGUCAUCUCCGUCAUUCUACCAGGAUGGUGGUGCAGCAGAUGGACGGUGAGCUUCUCCAGGACGGAGAUCUGCACCUGGGUCGGGACCACCAUUAUCCUGCCCUGCCGUUACGACUAUCCACCGCCCUACAGUGCCACGCGGGUCAUGUGGUUCCACAUCACGGCUGACGGGAAACGGGAUUUCGCCUACCACACGGACCCCAACCUGGCCAGCGUGUCCUACAGGGACAGGGUCAAGUAUGUGGGCGGCACCAAGAGGUGCAGCCUGCAGAUCACGGGUGUAAAGCUGAGCGACGCCGGUCAGUACCUCUUCAGGUUCGAGAUGGACCAGCAGCAGGGGAGAUGGACCUCGCCAGACUCCAUCAAUCUUUCAGUAACGGAGCUCCAGGUUCAGGUUCAUCCUGCGCGAGUCUCCAACAUGUUUGCGUCAGGCGAGACGGUGUUUCUGAGCUGCAUAGCUCGAGGCUGUGCGGCUGCGGGAAAGACCUUCGCCCUCUACAGGAACGGAGUGAACCUGGGCUACUCGGACAAAGCGUCACCCAUCCACAACUUCGGCGGCCAGCACGCUGGGGCGUACUACUGCAGACCCGUUCCACCGCAGAACGUCCAGUCGCCCAGCAUCAGCCUGGCUGUGGGACAUGCUCCACGUCACACCACGGUGCUGCUGAGUACACAGGGUCCCCUGACAGAAGGUGACUCAGUGACUCUGACCUGCAGCAGCGAAGGCGCUCCGGCGGUCGAGAGCUUCGCCUGGUUCAGAGAGGGCGAGAGCAGCAGCGUUCCUGACAGCUUCAAACCCGAACUCAAACUCUGGAGUCUGGACUACCGAGACCACGGGGAGUACUUCUGUGUGGCCCGCAACGCCAUCGGCACCGAGCGCUCCAGAGCUGUUCUGGUCAACGUUACCUAUUCUCCCAAGAACACAAAGGUCCUAAUCAGCGCCUCAGGUGACAUCAUGGAGGGCCACACAGUCAACCUGACCUGCAUCAGCAAUGCUAACCCACCAGUCAACAGAUACGCCUGGUACAAGGUAUUUGGAGGUCAACCCUGGGCCAAAGGUUCCUCGCAGAACCUCACCUUCACCAGCGUCCACUCUCACCACGCCGGGCAGUAUUCCUGCACCGUGUGGAAUGUUUUAGGAAUGGGAUUGUCUCCACCUGUCACUCUGUCUGUUCUGUAUGCCCCUAAGAACACGUCGGUUUUGGCUCGUCCGUCCAGCGUGAUCGAGGCAGGCGGAUCCUUGACCCUAACCUGCAGCAGUCAGGCGAACCCGGCAGUGGAGAACUACACCUGGCACCGGAUCAAUGCCGCUGACUCCUGGGAAACACGAUCAGGCCAGAGCUACACCAUCGCUGAGGUCAGCACCGGAGCCAGCGGCCAGUACUACUGCGAGGCCCGCAACCGCUUCGGGGUGCACAACUCUCCGGUCCUCACCGUCAGGGUGCGAGGUCGGCUGAAGGUCAUCGCUCUGGCGUCUGCAGUCGGUGUUUCUGUAGCACUCAUCACUCUGACAGUCGCUGUUAUGAUCAGUAAGAACAUGCACAGAGUGGACAGUGAAGCUCUGGAAAUAGAUAAACAGCUCGGAUCCCCCAUGGAAGUCGACACACUUUUUUAUGAAUGUCCUCAACCAACGUAUCAGCCUCGGAGCUCGAAGAUGGCAGACAUUCCAGAGGAACCAGAAGACAUUCAUGACAACCUUCAUCCUUCCAUUGUACCCCUUAAGGAAGCUGUGGAGAAACCUUGGACAGACGAGAAAGGUGGCGAGGGUGGGAAAGUCAAAUUUGUCACUGUGCAUUACUCUCGUACAGCAAGCCGGGACCAGGUGCAGGUCACAAACCUUCCACAAGCUGGCGCCGCAAAGGAGCCUAAAGACAGCCACAGUGUUGUUUAUUCUGUCCUGGCUAAACAGCCUAACUGUUGAAAACUGGGUCUUGAUGUUUCAGUGUUGAAUCUGACCUCUAACAUUUAAUUAUCCUGAGAUAAUUCACUAUAAAAUGUAACUAUAGUCUGGAUCCUGCUAUGCCAAUGGAACGUGCCUGAAAUAUACACUGUAGAAUACAGUACACAUGCAGGUUUAGCAUACCAUGAUGCAAACUUUGACCCAUUCUACAGCAGGUCAAAUCUUAAAUCUAACCAAAUAAAUAUUAUCCAUCAUUUAAAUGAGGUCAUACUAUAUUUGUUGUACUGCCAAAAAAGGUUUCAAGUCUAAUCCCUGGUCUAAGCUCUAGCACUGGUGUUAUGGUUGAUAUCAUGGAUCUUACCUAAAUCUGUUUAGAAUUUAUUAAAACCUACUAAAAUAUCUUCCGGUAUUAAUCUGAGAUUGUUACUUUGAGAAAUCCUAGCCGAUUUUAAUGUCAUCGUCAGUUAACAUGAUCAUCAUCCUUAGGAAGCCUGAUGUAAAACAGAUGUUUUGUUGUACUUGAUUUGACUUGAUGUUUCUACUCUCU